AUGGCACAGGAUGUGGACCAUUCGCUUCUUCAGUCUCCAAAUCAGCAGCAUUUUUUAGAUAAUCCUUCAAAUAUCUCGUCUCCUGCGAAAUGUACCUCGGAACAGUCCACCUCCGCACCCGCCGAACAAAACGGCGAUAGGAAGUCUUCUGAGCCCGUUCCCAAUGAUACUAUAGACCAGGCGCUUAGUAUGUUGCGCUCGCCGGAGGAUCAGGCGAUCGAUGGUAGAGACAGUCGACUUGUACAGGGGAAAGUAUUACGAAGUCUUCCCGCAUGGAUUAGGUCUUUCGAGUAUCCAGAAGAAGGGACGGAGGAUUCUAUCACAUCGCGGUUGUUGCCUCCGCAUCCCAAUGAUGCCGUUGUUGCUCAGCAUAAUCACUCACCUCAUGCGACUUCGAGACCGGAGCUUAUCUCUUCAAAUCAAGGAAGUUUGGAUUAUGGACGUGAGAUAUCUCCACUUCGUGAGUCGCGCUGGAAGAAUUUUUCAAAGGCGAUAGCAUACCCACAAGAGCCUGGCGUGGAAAAGAAGUCCGUGACGCUGGACUGGAUGAAUGAAAAUCAUGGUAAUUACUCGCAGCCGUGGCGUGGACAGCGCGAAUCAUGGGAAUACGAGGAUACAGAGGAUCCGCUUCGAAUGAAACGACGCAGGGAGAUCUGGUUCAAGCGCUUCCAUAACACUCUUCUGAAAAGUCCUAUGGUGCCGCUUAUUUUCCGGCUAACUGUAUGGUGUUUCUCCCUCACUGCUCUAGCCCUUGGAGGUUCCAUCCAGCAUCUGUCGCAAGAAUAUGUCCACCCCCAGGGACCUUCGGCUCUGAUGGCUAUUAUUGUUGAUGCUGUCGCUCUGGUUUAUCUGAUUUAUAUCACUUGGGAUGAGUAUACAUCCAAGCCACUGGGCCUCCGCUCUCCGACAGCUAAGGCACGGCUUGUUCUGUUGGAUAUCUUUUUCAUUGUUUUUGAUUCUGCUAAUCUUAGCCUGGCUUUUGAAUCCUUGUCCACUGUAAGCGGCGCAUGCACAGUUGGAGAGAUCAAUCAAGAGGUCACUCCAAAGGACGAUCGAAUAUGCGACCGGCAAAAGGCCCUCGCAUCUGUUCUGCUAAUUGCUUUAAUAGCUUGGCUUACAACAUUCUCCAUUAGCGUUCUCAGACUUGUAGAGCGAGCGGCUAAUUAG